AUGAAGUUUAGCACAAUGUUUUACACUGUGCUGGACCUGAAUGGCAUGCUGGAGAAAACAAUGAAAGGAGCGGACAAAGCGAUUGUGGCAAAGUCCUUUGGAAAAUGGAAAAGCAGCUCUCUAAGGUCCAGGACCAUGGAGAAGCCGGAUGAGCCGUCCGAGGAGAGUAAGGAGGAGAGCCUUUCCAACUGCACCUGUGAAGCCCCCCAACUCGGCAAGAAACCAGUCGAUAAUGAAUUGCGCGAUUGCCUCCUGAGAGAAAAGAAGUGUGAAAGCAUCAACCAGGGUGGACAGUGUGGAUCUGGUCUCUCAUCCUACAGAGCGUUCGGAGAACUACAGUCAAAGAUGGAGUGUGAUGGUGAGGAGCAAACCAUGAACACAUGUAACAGUAGCACAGGGCUGGCCGACUGCAUGGCUGACACUCACAGCCCAUAUGGGUCCAUGGCGAGGAAGAGGAGUGCUCAGGAAGGGGUGCAGGGCGCCCCCGUCAACAAGAGAAAGUCCCUGCUGAUGAAGCCCCGCCACUACAGCCCCAGCGAGGCAUGUGAAGAGGAGAGCGAGGACCUGGCACCACCACAGGACAAAGAAGAGCUGAGGAACAUUGACACUCCAGCAGAUGGAAACUUGAAUGCAAUGAAUGGAGUGGCCAACAGAAAUGGCUUCCAUGAUGCUGCAGCAAUGUCCAACUGGUCAGAAGUUACAUCCGAUAACUCUCCCCAGUGUGAGCCAGACACAUCUGGACCUCUGAUGGACGAGGAUGAAGAAGAGCUCCUUAAUAACGAAGAAGAAGACACAAGUCGAGGCAGGAUGAGCGGUACAUCAUCGCCUCAGAGUCCAAUAGGAGACUUGAGGGAAGCUGAGUGGGAGCCUCUGUCUCUGGCUGCCAGGUUGAAUGGCUCAGGCUGCAGUCCCUCCCAAGCCUCAGAAGACCUGUCAGGCAGGAACGGACAUGUUAAAGAAGAGCCGCACUCAGAACUAGGGGCUGCGAUGGGUAGAGCGAGCAUCUUUCAAGCCGAUGCUUUGAGAUACAGGCCGCCCCCUACAGAGGAGGACAGCGAGGGGGAGAUGGAGGUGGAGAGGCCACCUCGGCUGGACGGCUGGGCGCUGGGCCUCCAUGAGAGAGGCCUCGAAAUGAGCCGAGGGCGGGUGAACCUCAGCCUGUUGGAGCAGGCCAUGGCUUUGCAGACAGAGCAAAGACAGGCCCUGCAUCAUGCCUACAGGGAAAUGGACCGAUUCCUCAUGGAGCAGAUGACCAACGAGAGGAGGCACCACAGGAUGAUGGACAUGGAGGGCAGACUCAGCUAUCAUGGAGGAAAAGAUUCUCCCAGGACUGAUAAAAAGGAUAUAAAGUGUCCGACCCCUGGUUGUGACGGAACCGGUCAUGUCACCGGCCUUUACCCACAUCACAGGAGUUUGUCUGGGUGUCCUCACAAAGUCCGAGUUCCUCCAGAGAUCCUGGCCAUGCAUGAGAACGUCCUCAAGUGCCCCACACCCGGGUGCACAGGAAGAGGCCAUGUCAACAGCAACCGUAGCACCCACCGGAGUCUCUCAGGCUGCCCUAUCGCCGCCGCAGUGAAAGUUUCCAAACCUCAGGAUGACGUCCUGAAAUGCAGACAAACACCUGACCGCUCACCGAGAGCCAUUGGCUUGAUGAAGAAGUUUGAGAUGAACCAGUUGAACUACAGGCUCUCUCAUCCAGUAGCAGCUUUGCAAACCAGUCUCACAAAAGACAUGGACAAGUACAGCAGGAUCCGCUUUGAUUACGCCAGCUUCGAUGCACAGGUCUUCGGCAAGCAGCCUCUGAUGGGGACCGACCAGGACCAGGAUAUGUCACAUUUCCCAGAUUCCCCUCAGCAGUAUCCUGGCUUCCUUGGUGCACCAGGUGGCCGAUUGACCACCUCUGGACAGCACAGCCCGCCGAGUCAAUUCAUAAAAGAAGAUGGUCUCCAAGCUGAAGCUGCGACUGCCGCUAUCCUUAACCUCUCCACUCACUACCGGAAGAACAUGGAGGCGGUCGCCGGCCGGCCCUUGGCAACCUCCACAAAGGACAUGCUAAUAGAAGUGGAUGAAAAUGGCACCUUGGACUUGAGCAUGAAGAAAUCUAAAGAGAGUGCGAAAGCCCAGACGAAGCCACCUUCGGACGACCCGCUGUCUCCCCCCGAGUCCGCUGUGGCCAAAGGCGGCAGCGUGCUCAUCAGCCCCGCCUUCUACCAGCCGCUGUGUGAGAGGGACAGCUGGGAGAGCCCCAUCCCCGUCAACUUCAGCAAAGUGCACGUUCUACAGGAGAGAGAGGAAGAUUACGAUCAGGUCUCCUUGGAGGACCAGCUCUAUCUAGGAGACGGCAGCAUGUUAAGCCCCAAAACCAAGCUGCUAUUACGAGACUCAAAGAAAGAGCUUUUGAGCUGUCCGACCCCAGGCUGUGACGGCAGCGGCCAUGUGACGGGGAAUUAUGCAUCACAUCGGAGUGUGUCUGGAUGUCCCCUGGCUGACAAAACACUCAAAUCACUGAUGGCAGCCAACUCUCAGGAACUAAAGUGCCCAACACCUGGUUGUGAUGGAUCUGGACAUGUGACUGGGAACUAUGCUUCGCACAGAAGCUUGUCAGGAUGUCCACGUGCCAGAAAAGGAGGUUUGAAGCUCACACCAAACAAGGAUGACAAAGAUGAGCCAGAGCUUAAAUGUCCAGUUAUUGGAUGUGACGGACAGGGCCAUAUAUCGGGAAAAUACACAUCCCACCGCAGUGCAGGCAGUUGUCCACUCGCUGCCAAAAGACAGAAGGAGUCGUCCAUCAACGGGCUGCCCUUUGCCUGGAAGGCCAAUAAACAGGAACUGCCCCAUUGUCCCUUGCCUGGCUGCAACGGCCUUGGACAUGCCAAUAAUGUGUUUGCCACUCACAGAAGCUUGUCAGGUUGCCCACUGAACGCACAGAGCAUCAAGAAGAAACACUCCGAAGAAGAGAUGAUGACUAUCAAACUGAAAGCCAGCAGUGGCGUUGAAGACACAGACGACGUUCAGCAUUUGGAUCAUGAAAUAGAGGAACUGAAUGAGUCCAACAUGAAGAUAGAAGCAGACAUGAUGCAACUCCAAACCCAGCAGAUCUCGUCCAUGGAGUGUAACCUGAAGACCAUUGAGGAGGAGAACAAGAUGAUCGAACAGCACAACGACAGCCUUCUGAAGGAGCUUGCUUGCCUUAGCCAAGCUCUCAUAAACAGUCUAACUGACAUUCAGCUGCCUCAAAUGGGACCCAUCAGUGAGCAUAAUUUUGAAGCCUAUGUGAACACAUUAACUGACAUGUACAACAACUCGGAGCAUGAAUACUCUCCGGAGUGCAAGGCCCUCUUGGAUAAUAUCAAACAGGCUAUUAAGGGCAUCCAUGUUUAA